GGAAGGGUUGGGAGGAAGACUGGAAGAGGCGACGGCACGAAAUCUUUCAGAAGGAAGGUAAAGAUAUAAAAAUAAUAAUAGGAAAAUAUGGCGGCGUCAUCAUCAUCCACGUCAUUGUCGUCGGCGGCGGGAACAGCGAGCUCGACGGGGUCCCCAUGCGCGGCGUGCAAGUUCCUGCGGCGGAAGUGUCAGGCGGAGUGCGUGUUCGCGCCGUACUUCCCGCCGGACCAGCCGCACAAGUUCGCGAGCGUGCACAAGGUGUUCGGGGCGAGCAACGUGACGAAGCUGCUGAACGAGCUGCCGCCGCACCAGCGGGAGGACGCCGUCAACUCCCUCGCCUACGAGGCCGACAUGCGCCUCCGCGACCCCGUCUACGGCUGCGUCGGCGUCAUCUCCCUCCUCCAGCACCAGCUCCGCCAGCUCCAGCUCGACCUCUCCUCCGCCAAGUCCCAGCUCUCCAACCUCCACCACACCCUCAUCGGCGGCGGCGGCGCAAAGGAGAACCACCACCACCAGUUCCUCUUCCCCGCGGUGAUGAGAGAGAAUUAUCAUCGUCAAGUGCAACAACCCUCCUCCACCUGCUUCAUCAAUAACUGCGACCCCGGCACCCUUCUCGCCAUCAACAUGAACUCCGCCGGUAUUGGGCCGUUGGCUCAGUUUCAGCCGCCUCAGGCCGACGGCCGACGAACUCCCGUGGACCCAUCUUAAUUAUUUUGUAUACACUCCGCAUCAUUUUAUGAACCACCUCUAUUUCACAAUAUUAUGUAGUCCUAAUUUUUUGCUCAUGUCAUAAAAUAUUUUAAUCAUAUUUCAACCUGAAAUGUUUAAAAUAUAUCAAAUUGGCAGUUUAUUCCAAGUAAAAGUUAUUUUGAGAGUAUUUUAGGUAUUUUAAAUAUUGUAAAAAUGUUUUAUGCAAUUUGCAAAAAAUUAGGACAACAUAUUUUUUUUGAAACGGAUGGAAUAUAUAAUUAAGUCAAAAUGUAUCACUGUUUGACCGAAAAAAAGUGAAAGUGGAAAGAAUUUUCUGGACGGAUGGAGUACAAACUUCACUAUAUAGUUUGGUGUUUGGGGGAAGGAAAAAAAGGGAGAGAAGUAAAUGCAAAGGAGAUGGAUGGGGAUGAUACAUAAAAAGGGGUUCAGAAAACAACACAUCGAAAGAACACAUCCUUAGACAGGAGGACGUAAAUCAUGGUGAUUCAAUCGUUGGGAUUGAUACACACGGAAAUCUCUCUCUUUUUUUGAGAGGUUGCUCCCACAAUGCCGCUGGUGAGGUUCGGUCAUUGGUCUCUUAUUUAAAAUUCCACUUCUGGAACCAGUUGAGUUGCUCAUGCAGAUGACAUGCGGAUGGACAAGAGGAUGUUGUUGACAUCAUCGCAUGCCAGGCAAACGCAAGCCAUAACGUU